AUGACACAUGGAUAUAAGAUGAAUAAUCCAGACGAUUAUGACAAACUUGUGUGUGCGGAAAUUCCUGACCCAAUAAGGUUUCCUGAAAUGCAUGAUCUUGUCAAAAGUCACAUGAUGCACAGUCCUUGUGGUAGCUUACGAGAAAAAAGUCCAUGUAUGCAAGGUGUGCCAAAAAUAUGUCGUUUCAGAUAUCCUAGGCAAUUCAAUGAAAAGACAUCACAAGGAGAGGACUCAUAUCUAUUAUAUAGAAGGAGAAUUAAUGGAAUUGAGGUGACUGUAAGAAAUACAACAUUGGAUAACAGAUGGGUGGCUCCAUACAACCCAAAGUUGUUAAUGAUGUUUAAUUGUCAUAUCAACGUUGAGGUUUGUUCGAGUAUAAAGUCUGUGAAGUACCUCUUUAAAUAUGUUUAUAAGGGCCAUGACAAACAAGUUAUCCGUAUUGAUAAAGACCAAGAAAAUAUUGUUAUUAAUGAGAUACGAAAGUUUCAAGACGCACGUUAUGUACCCCCUCCUGAGGCAUUAUGGCGAGUUUUUAGCUUUCCUCUUUCAAAAAUCCACCCUUGUGUGAUAGCCUUGCAAAUACAUCUCCCGAAUCAACAGUUGGUUAGGUUCAAAGACGGUGACAAAAUGGAAGACAUUGUUGAUACGGAGAAAGGAAAAAAAUUCAACGUUGACGGCAUUUUUCAAUAA